UAUUCCCACAGAUCAAACAUAAGAUGUGAUCGGCUCAAACGGGUUGACUCAAAUAACCCGAUCGAUAAAUCGGUCGGGUUCGAGUUUAGGAGAUUGACUCGAUCACAAAUCAAGCUAUUAUUUCAGGGGACAUUAAUUCGAAGAAGAGGAACAUGGCACCGAUUUACCACUCUCGGCCUCCUCUUCCGAUAUCAUCGAUGGGGCUUUAAUGGCAGAUUGUAGCUAGCAAUGGUGCUGCAGAGUUCCUUCCAAAUGCUCCUCACAGGGCGCGAGUCGGGAGGAAGACGUUCCGUCACUCACUCCAGAACGUGCAUGCCAGUCAUAGCUAAUCAACUGCCAUCAUGGCGGCAUUGAUCGCUGUGUUGCCGUUGGCACGAACAACGGCAGACGUCACGUAAAAGGAGGCAGAUGCCAUGGAUUGCAUCUGAAAGAAAAGGAGAAAUAAUUGGAGGAGGAACGUGCCAGCCUCAAAGUUCGGAAAGGUUUCGCGGCUUCAAGAACUCCUGCAAGCGAUGCCCUCCCCUUGUCCCUUGUUGCUGCGUCACCCCCGCUCUCCUUUCCGACGGUGGCGUCGAGUCGUCCGGUCACCAUGAAGCUCGGUGCCUUGCUCGAGAUGCCGAACGGGGACAGCCCGGCGAGCUGUCGGGGCGAAGACUGGGCGCGACAAGGGAUGGCUGGUCUAAACAUCGACGCCGAGACAGCUAAGAGGCGGUCGGAAGUGAUUGAAUGGCUGAACGGUUUGUUCCCCGGCCUUAACAUGCCGCUCGAAGCGUCCGAGGAGGAACUCCGAGCUCGGUUGUCCGACGGAGCUCUCUUGUGCGGCAUCAUGAGGAGGUUCAGUCCUGGCUACUCGGAGGAGAUCAGGAAUGAAACUUAUGCAUCGAGGUCCGAGAGCAGAUCGGAAAACAUAAGGAGGUUUAUUUCAGCUGUAGAGCAGAUGGGAUUGCCGGGCUUCAAUGUAUCCGAUCUGGAACAGGGACCUGUCUCUUCGGUAGUAUACUGCCUUUGGUCUCUCAAGGAUCACCUCCUCUCCGACCUUGGGGAGGACAAGGACAUGAACCCACCGGUUAAGAGCGUAGGUGAAGCAAGAAUGAGCUGGAAAGCUCUUGAAACUAUAAGGACUGAUCCACUGGGUGCUUUGAGAGGAGAUAGCAUUCUGAAUGGCCAGAACUCUGUUGUCUUAGGAGAGGAGAGAAGACAUAGCUUUCAAGGUUCGAGGUUACAACAUGUGCUGCCAAGUUCGGCCAUGUCAGAGCCAUCAUCUCCGCAAUUUCAUCAUGGUGGACACAAAUUCCAUGAGGUUUUCCAAUUGAAACAAGGGCAUUAUUAUGAUCUUCCUCCAGCUAAGCUCUCAGAAACGAUGAAAUCAAAUAGUUUAGAUAAUGCCCCAACUCAAUCUCUUUUGAGUAUUAUAAAUGGCAUUGUCGAUGAAAGCAUCGAGAGCAAAAAUGGAGAAAUACCUCAACGUCUGCCAUGCUGGUUGAGAAAAGUUGUGCAAGAGAUUGAACGACGUAUUUCAACUCAAGCAGAGCACAUAAGAAAUCAAAAUAAUCUCAUUAAAGCACGUGAGGAGAAGUAUCAAUCAAGGAUUAGGGUGCUUGAAACGCUAGCAACUGGUACGAAAGAAGAAACACAGAUAGCUAUGAACCAGCUCCACCUGCUAAAGACAGAAAAGCAAAAAAUUGAAGAGAGAAACAAACUUGGUGAAGAAGAUAUGGCUAGGCUAACAAAGGAAAAGGAAAAAACUGACCAGAUAAUUUCAGAACUUAAGCAGGAGUUGGAAAUAAUAAAAAGAACAUAUGAAGAGCAAUUUCAGCAAAUGGAAACUAAGGCCAAGGAGUAUCAAACAAAGUUGGAGCAAAAGCUAAAAGAUGCUAAAUCUUAUUUGGCAGAAUCACAAAGGAGAAUAGAAGAGUUAGGGUCAAUUUCUGAAUCUAAAUUUCAGAAUUGGAAUCAAAGGGAACUUGUUCUUCAGAGUUUUAUAGAUCUUCAACUGCAAUCAGUGCAGGAGUUGAGGUCAUCUUCCAAUUCCAUAAAGCAUGAAGUCAGAAUUACACAAAAGAAAUGGUGUGAAGAAUUUACCAGAUUUGGGAAACAACUGAAAUUACUGACUGAUGCAGCAGAGAAUUAUCAUACCGUCCUUGCAGAAAACAGGAGAUUGUACAAUGAGGUUCAGGAACUAAGAGGAAAUAUUAGAGUUUAUUGCCGAAUAAGACCAUUUCUUCCUGGGGAAAAUGUAAAACAGACUACCACAGAGUAUAUUGGUGACAAUGGUGAGCUUCUUAUUGCAAAUCCCUCCAAACAGGGAAAAGAUGUACAGCGGAUGUUCAAGUUCAAUAAGGUCUUUGGUCCAGCUGCCACUCAAGAGGAAGUCUUCUUGGACAUUCAGCCCCUAGUCCGAUCAGUUCUUGAUGGUUAUAAUGUAUGCAUUUUUGCAUAUGGUCAGACUGGAUCAGGAAAAACGUACACCAUGACUGGACCACACUCGGCAACUGAAAAGGAGUGGGGUGUCAAUUACCGAGCCCUAAAUGAUCUAUUUCAUAUAUCUUGGAAUAGGAGAGAUGCCUACGUAUAUGAAGUGUGUGUCCAGAUGGUUGAAAUAUAUAACGAACAAGUCCGUGAUCUGCUUGCAGAGAUUUAUGAUUUCAAAUUUAACCAAACUCAUGUUAUCCCAGCUUCUAUGUGGUAUAGAUUAUACCUGCUGUUUCCCUUUAACUUGCACACACUUGGGAUUGUGAGUAAUUCACUGCCCAAUGGACUUGCUGUCCCUGAUGCAAGUAUGCUUCCUGUUAAAUCAACUUCUGAUGUACUAGAGUUGAUGCAUAUAGGACACAGUAAUAGGGCUGUGGGUGCUACUGCUCUCAAUGAAAGGAGUAGCCGGUCACACAGCAUUGUGACAGUUCAUGUUCGAGGGAUGGAUUUGAAAACUGGAGCUACUUUGCAAGGCUCUCUUCAUCUGGUAGAUCUUGCUGGAAGUGAGAGAGUUGAUCGCUCCGAAGUUACAGGAGAUAGACUUAAGGAAGCACAACAUAUCAACAAAUCUUUGUCUGCUCUUGGAGAUGUUAUAUAUGCUCUAUCACAAAAAAGUGCUCAUGUGCCAUAUAGAAAUAGCAAACUGACUCAAGUGUUGCAAAGUUCUUUAGGUGGACAUGCUAAGACACUUAUGUUUGUACAGAUAAAUCCAGAUAUAGGAUCUUAUUCUGAGACUUCGAGUACCUUAAAAUUUGCUGAAAGGGUAUCUGGAGUGGAGCUGGGUGCUGCAAAGAGUCAAAAAGAAGGGAAAGAUAUAAGAGAUUUGAUGGAACAGAUUGCAUCACUUAAAGAUAUUGUUGCAAGGAAAGAUGAAGAAAUUGAGCAGCUCCAACAGCUAAAAGACAUUAGAUUACGACAUAAUAGUAACUUAUUGAGGCAUUCAUCCUCCUCCCCUUGUGGCAUUUCAUUGCUAGGUGGGACCAUUCAACAAGAACAGAAGUCAUCUAAUGGAAGGGUAGUGGCUAAUGAUAAACUGGGUUCAGAUCAUGAGAACUUCUCAGAGCAGAGUGGUGACCAUUCUGAAUCUGGUUCUCAUCUGUCCGCAGAUGACAGAAGGCACCAGAAGGAAAUUUUGGGCCAGUCAAAGCUCAUAAAAGUCGUAGCAGAUCAGAGUUCUGCUGAUCCUGAGCAUUUGGGCAAUGGUGAUGCAGAUUCAGAGGAAUAUCUAUCAGAUGGUGAUCUUUCCAUGGGAACAGAAACAGAUGGUUCAACUGGCAGUCUCGUUGAGUUUAAUCGCCUCUCUGAACGAGUGAAAUCAUUAGAUAUCACCAAAGAGAAAGAGCCUAAAAAUCCAACUCCAGUACCUAAGCCACCUUCGGGGAAGACUGUACAAGUCCCAGCAUCCAGAACAAGAUUAAGAGAUACCAUAAAGUCUCCAAGUACAAGUAAAAACACAACUCAAGUAGCAGUGCCUUCAUCCAAGCUUCCAAAACGAUGGCAGUAGGGUAAAUGGAUGCACUGGAAAAAUGGGGAGAGCUGUUGCAGAAGCAGCAAUUUCUGCUGGACUUCAGUUAGUUCCUGUGUCAUUCAGUAAUUUAGAGAAGCCUGGUAGAACUUUAAAAGUAGGCAAUACUGAGAUUCAAAUACAUGGUCCAUCUGAAAGAGAAAGUGUUCUUUCUUCUGUCUUUCAUGAGUUCCCUGAUGUUAUUGUGGUGGAUUAUACAGUGCCUGAUGCUGUGAACGGUAUAUACUAUGUACUUCAUUUUUUAGUAGUUAAUGUGUUUGUUACUACUCUCCAA